UAAUAUUCUCUCUCUACCCCUCUCCCUCUCCCUCUGCACACACACCCACGCACACAGACGGAAAAACACCACUCCCUUAGUGUCAGUGUGUCAGUAGCAGACCGGUCCCGGGAGCUGUCCAGAAUCCAACCCCCUGAACUCAUAGAUGGUUCCCGCAAAAUGUACCAACGGACAGCCCAGUAUGCGUGCUUCCCAGCUCAAUAUGUUGCCUUCCUCAUACCAUUUCGCAGCAAUAUGAACCUAGCAGAAGGCUGGUCUGAGAAUUUUGAUCUUGUGUGACAGGCUCGUGUGCCCGUGCUUGGAAAGUUUCUGCGUUUAUUAAAUUCCAUGUUUCCUUGGAAACGCGACCCCGGUGAAGACACUAGCGUUCCAAGGAUGUCUGUUUUCCAGCGAGAGCUCCAUUGCACUCUGCAGUCUGUUUGGAUAUGAGCCCGGAGAUCGGCCGUCUAAUAACAAGACUGACGGUUUGUCUAACUUUGACGAACUGCUGUAACGCUCAAAGGCUUUUCUAGAGGAUUCUGCAACCCUGGGAUUUGCUAAUUUUUAACCGUAUUCUUACUAAUAUGAGUUUUGAGGCAGAGGCGGAUCCGGUCUGCAGCGCUACAGAACCAGACCCGCAGGGAGGCGUUACAAUUUCAAAUCAAAGUAGCAUACGAAAGCACAGCACUAGUGGUUUGAAAGGAGUGUACCAUACCGGGGCUACCCAAGAGAAUGAGAAAGAUGCCGGAGAAGGGUUUGGUGUUGAUCUAAACCCGGGAGAGGGGCGCAGUGGAUGCGGCGACGCGAAAGACAAGAGUCCCAGUAAGGCGGACACAUCACACUCUGACUGCAGCAGUGAGAACAGCAGCCCAGCUACAAGCUGCAGAAUUUGCUUUCAAGGCGUAGAGCAGGGAGAAUUGCUGAAUCCUUGCCGCUGUGAUGGGUCGGUGAGAUACACUCAUCAGCAAUGUCUUUUAAAAUGGAUCAGUGAAAGGGGGUCGUGGACAUGUGAGCUGUGCUGUUACAGAUACCAAGUAAUCGCAAUCAAAAUGAAAAGACCAUGUCAGUGGCAGGCUAUCACAAUAACCCUGGUUGAGAAGGUUCAGAUAAUUGCUGUCUUCCUGGGUUCCCUGUUCCUGGUAGCAAGUGUGACUUGGCUCCUGUGGUCUGCUUUCAGUCCUAAUGCAGUGUGGCAAAGGAGGGACGUCCUAUUUCAGAUCUGCUAUGGAAUGUAUGGGUUUAUGGAUUUAGUGUGUAUAGGUUUAAUUAUUCAUGAAGGAGCUGCAGUUUACAAUGUAUUCAAGCGAUGGAGAGCUGUUAAUCUUCACUGGGACGUGCAGAACUAUGAUAAGACUACAGACGUGGAGGAAAAUAACAGCCACGGAGAAUCCUCCGCCAGCAGGACUUUGUGGUUACCCCUCACUAGCUUCAGACCCAGAAGUUCCAUCCCCCCGACCCAAAUAAGGUCUCAUCGACCUCACUGUGGAUACUCCAUACUGCACCUGUGUUCCAGAUCGACAAGCCAGGAAGUCAACACUGAAGAUAACAGCUCAGGAGAGGUGGUGAUAAGAGUAACUUCAGUAUGAACAUGUUGCCGUUACCACAUUUAAAAAUGAAUGCCUUUAUCAGUGCUUACAGUGAGUGUGUUUUGACAUUAUUAAACAAGUGGAUCCAUUUGGGAUGGGGAGGGAUACAAGCUAAUGCAUUUUAUAUGAAGAGAUUUCUUUUAUAUUGUCAUUGAAUUCCAAAUACAUUUUAUAAAAAUGACUACGGUGAAUGUACAUUUUUGUAUGAUUGGGACGUAGUGUUAAGCGCGUUCUUUACAGGAUUAUAGGAUACACACCAAAUAUCACAAACUUAUCCAGACAUGAUCAUUUAUAUGCAGUAUUUUAUACAUCCUGUCACAUACAGGUUUGUAACUGACCCAUACAGUAAGUAUGUGUGUGUGUGUGUGUGUGUGUGUGUGUGUACUAUAUACUAACAAAUCAGAUUCUGACA